AGACGCCACCAUGACCUCCAUCCUGGACUCUGCGAUGGACCAGUACUCGUGGAUGGACGACGAGUCACGGCAGCGCGCCGAGCGGAGGCUCCGCCAGCUCCGCGUCGUGCUAGGGCCUCCGCCCGCGUUGUCGAAGCACGAGGCCGUGCAGAGGCGCUAUAAGCACGCGAAGCCACUGCCCGAGUCCAUGUCAUUCGCCGCCUGGAUACUGGAGAAUCGCGCCACCGAGCUGAUGGCGCGCGCACGCGAACUCGCGGAAAGCAGCGGGACCCCUUCUUUGGACACGUUCGAGCCAAACGCGUUCACGGACACGGUGCCCAGCGCAGUGCUGGACACCAUGCGCCGGCAGCUGCUCGUGUCUCCAGCCAUGCUCUUCCCCCCGUUCGUGGUGCCUGACGACCUGCCCUACUCGGCCAUAGUGGACUACGCAGCACUGGGUUCCAUCACUGCCUCGCUAGUUGCACGCCACUUGGACCCUGUGACGGGCGUUUACAACCUCCUGGGCAUUCGCAAGGAGACGUGGUACACGCCCCAGAGCAAUGAGACCUACUUCAAUCUGCUGCGCUGCAUUCAACUCCGUCAGGCCUCCUACGAAGGAGUUGACGUCACCAACGAAGAAGCAUCUGAGGUCUUAGCGCAUACAGUCGGGCUCCGAAUGGCCCACUCUGCAUAUCGUAAACGCGCCGAGAAGGAUGCAGAAUCCCACAGCGGUGACUCCUCGGGCAAGCAGAUCCCGCUCUUCAAGAGUAGGCCGUCCCUCGGCAUCGACGAGUACUCCGGAGCAGUCUACGACGCGGAGCGGCUCUUCUUCGCUGCUUACUGCCUCCAGCUGUGCGGCGUCGUGCUUCCGCGUGGCGUGACUGGCUCGCUGCCGCUUAACGUGCGCUGUAACCUGCCGCUGCGGGAAGUGUCCGGGUUCGGGCGCGCCUUUAACUGCCCCAACAAUAGUGCCAUGGUCUCUCGAGACGCCUGCCUCUGACUCAUUCGCACAAGGUUGCCGCAUCGAAAACCAGUUUAUUUUGAAAGGUAUUAUGACGAACGGCGGAUGUUAGAUAGUGUUAUAAUGGUAAUCAUUUCAGAGUGUGUUGAAAGCCACCACACAGGAACUCGCUUCAUAAUAAAAUUGGGCAAUUAUCCUUCCUAAUUUGUAAAAACUUGUGAAUAAAUAGGAACACCCGAAGCUCUCACGACACAGUAACGGCUG